AUGUUCAUGUCUUCAUCUCGCAGUCUUCGUACCAGAGCAGGUGUUCUCGCGCUCUUGCUCCAAUCAACACAAACAUCAGCACAAUCCGGCUUACUGUCCUGCGCCAAUGUUGAUUGUCCUAUCCUCGACAACACCGCCAUCUCGAAUUGCUCAGUGGCAGGUGCGAGUUACUCCGUCAUUGGCCUCACCUCAAUCCAAUCUCUAUCUGGCUCGAACCUCGAAUGGACAAUCGCAGUCAAUCAGUCCAAGACCGGUAAUAAUUCGCUCAUCAACCGCGCCUUCUACCUAGGUGUCGAAUCAAGCAAUUUUUUCGAAUCGCAAGGUCAAUCAGCAUGUUCUUUCUUCUUCACAACACUCGACGAUGGACCUCUGUUCUACGACUCCAUGACUCCUGUGUCCACAGAUUGUACCAGUCGCGAUGGAACGGGAUUCAGUAGUCAAUGCAUCUCAGACCUCAAGUCCCAAGCCAACAACUUAGCCACCUCGGAUACCUCCAUCUGCAACUCCAUCGCACAGACCUUGCAAGACGAUCCGCCAUCCUCUUGCUCUUUGGCCUCUGGUACGAAAGUUGUAGCUGUGCCACUUACAGGUUCUUUAGGACCGGAACCGAUCUCCGCAGCUGAAAACGAAACAUCGAAUUGUUGGCCAACACUGCCGAAGACUAAUCAAUUGCUUCCAGUGUGGACGGCUAGUAUCUAUACUUCCAUUGAUAAUGAUACCACCAUAAGGAGCGGUGCGGGAACCACACCAGUCAUGACAAUUUUCUUCGCUGAGGGAAACAAUGAGAAGUCGAGCGCUGAAUUGGUUUGUUUGCGGCCCGUGGAUUUGAACGAGAAGAGUGUUGAAACAAUGGAUGAUGGUACUAGUGAGGCUCAAGGCAUGCAUGUCGUAUCUUAUUGGCUUGUUGUGCUAGGCUUGACGUUUUCAGCCACCCUCGUCUUACUCUGAGGCAAGCAACCUCUCUACAUGCACCUCUACAUGAACGCAAUGAUGAAACAUACUGUUGUCGACUUCAACGCCUCAUUUUCAGCUCUUGCGCAAGUCCG